AUGGAUGAUAAAUCAGAUUGGUUGCUUGAUAGUGGUGCAUCGUCGCCCAUUAUCCCUGACCGGGAGGCUUUCCAUACUUACAAAGAGUUGAAAAAGGCAUUGGUGUUACAAUUGCUGAUGGUGAAUCACUUCAUGCGAUUGAUCGUCGGCUACUCUCAGUUGCAAAAACUUACCCCAAAGGGUCUUACAGUGAGUUUUAGCAUUAAAGUGUGUACUAUCUCUCGAGGAGAAGAAUCGAUUGCGACCGUACCACAAGCAAACAAUGAAUAUCGUGUGAAGAAACAAGCACAGACUGUGAGUGGGAUUUUUCAUCAAGAAUAA